CAAGGGGCAAAGCACAUUUCAGUUAAUAGCGGCAGCACUGGUGAAAGUUAGCUGUACGGUUACACCGUGUCGGGUUGUUUGACAGCUCAGUCCUCGUCGCGAGGAAAGAGGCUAAUCCGUUGUUCCUGGGAGCGCGCUGUUUUCCGCUGCUCUGGUGGCUUUUAGCCCCGAAGCCGCAGGCAUGUAGCAGAAAGAGCAGCGCAAAAAAAGAGGAAAAAAAAGCGGAAAUGGUUGCGAAAACUUCACCGUAACCACAGAUGUGCUGUCAUUGACUCUGCAGCCGCUGCUUGGUAUGAAGCGGGUGAGAAGAGCAGCUGUUGUCGGUGCCCGUUUCUUAACAGUAAAACAGUUAGCAGGGGGGCUUUUUCGCGUCUUACCUUUGCGCUACUAUGUCUAACUUUUGGACGAGUUUACGUGGGAAACAUGCAGCCGACAGAGAGAGAGGCUCCGAAGGGAUGGAAAACCCCGGGUACUGCUCCGGGAGCUUUGACGGCCUUCAUCAUCCGAGCGAUGACGAUGAUGACGAGAUGGUGGACAUCGCAGGAGCCACACUGGACUUCUCGAGCACGGACGACGUCCCUCCGCUCAGCUCAGGAGUUUACGAGGAGCAUAACGGCACCAGCAGAACAGCCGGUAUGAACGGUAGCGGCCCCAGCAGGCUUGUGGACCCACUGGAGGAUCCGCUCCCUGGAGUGGGCACCUAUGAAGACUUCAACACCAUCGACUGGGUCAGAGAGAAGAGCAAAGACCGGGACAGGCACAGGGAGAUCACCAAUAAAAGCAGACAGUCCACUGUGGCCCUGCUGCACAGCAUCAGUGAUGCCUUCUCAGGGUGGCUGCUCAUGCUGCUGGUGGGACUCAUGUCAGGCGCUCUAGCCGGCGGCAUCGACAUCUCAGCCCACUGGAUGACAGACGUGAAAGGAGGGUUGUGUCUCCGAGGCUUCUGGUUCAACCACGAGCACUGCUGCUGGUUGUCUAAUGAGACCACCUUCCAGGAGAGGGACCGGUGUCCACAGUGGCAGAGCUGGGCUGAACUCAUAACAGGAAAGUCAGAGGGCCCCUUUGCCUACAUCGUGAACUACCUGAUGUACAUAUUUUGGGCUCUGAUGUUCUCCUUCUUGGCCGUUAUACUGGUUAGAGCCUUUGCUCCGUACGCAUGUGGAUCAGGAAUACCAGAGAUUAAAACCAUCCUCAGUGGCUUCAUCAUCCGGGGCUACCUGGGGAAGUGGACCCUGAUCAUCAAGACCAUCACCCUGGUCUUAGCCGUCUCCUCCGGACUCAGUUUAGGGAAGGAAGGCCCUCUGGUCCACGUCGCCUGCUGCUGUGCUAAUAUACUCUGUCACCUGUUCACCAAGUACCGCAAGAAUGAGGCCAAGAGGCGAGAGGUGUUAUCAGCGGCAGCAGCAGUGGGUGUGUCAGUGGCUUUUGGAGCUCCUAUUGGAGGAGUCCUGUUCAGUCUGGAGGAGGUGAGCUACUACUUCCCCCUGAAGACUCUGUGGCGUUCGUUCUUCGCCGCUCUGGUGGCGGCCUUCACCCUGCGCUCCAUCAACCCUUUUGGGAACAGUCGCCUGGUGCUCUUCUAUGUGGAGUUUCACACGCCGUGGCACCUGGUGGAGCUGGCCCCUUUCAUCCUGCUGGGGAUCUUUGGAGGCCUUUGGGGGGCGCUGUUCAUCAAGGCUAACAUUGCCUGGUGCAGACUUCGUAAAACCACUUGUCUGGGUCACUACCCCGUCAUCGAGGUGCUGGUGGUCGCCGCGCUGACCGCCUUACUCUCCUACCCCAACAGUUACACCAGGAUGAGCGGAUCUGAGCUCAUCUCUGAACUCUUCAACGACUGCUCCCUGCUGGACUCGUCUCAGCUGUGCGGCUACAAACAGCCAGCCAACACGUCAGACACAGGUGUAGAUAACAGCCUCGCUGACCGGCCAGCGGGACCGGGCCUUUACACGGCGCUGUGGCAGCUGGCCCUGGCCUUGGUCUUCAAGAUGAUGAUCACUGUUAUUACAUUUGGCAUGAAGGUUCCCUCUGGGCUCUUCAUUCCCAGCAUGGCAGUUGGAGCCAUAGCUGGCAGGCUGCUCGGUGUUGGCAUGGAGCAGCUGGCCUACUACAACCACGACGCUGUUAUCUUUAAAGGGUGGUGCUCUCAAGGGGCAGACUGCAUCACGCCGGGGCUUUACGCCAUGGUUGGAGCUGCCGCUUGUUUAGGUGGAGUGACUCGUAUGACGGUAUCUCUGGUAGUCAUCAUGUUUGAGCUGACUGGCGGUCUGGAGUACAUUGUUCCCCUCAUGGCUGCAACCAUGACCAGCAAAUGGGUGGCAGAUGCUUUCGGAAGAGAGGGAAUUUACGAGGCUCACAUCAGGCUGAAUGGUUACCCGUUCCUGGAGCCAAAAGAAGAGUUUGAGCACAGCAGCCUGGCGGUGGACGUGAUGAGGCCGAGGAGGAUGGACCCCACGCUGGCUGUGCUCACGCAGGAGGGCAUGACUGUGGGGGAGGUGGAGUCAUUGGUGGAGAGCACGCACUUUAGUGGCUUCCCUGUGGUUGUCUCUUCGGAGUCCCAAAGGCUUGUGGGAUUUGUACUCAGGAGAGAUCUGCUCAUAUCAAUAGACAAUGCCCGGAAACGUCAGGAUGGCAUCGUCAGCGCCUCCCAGGUGGUCUUCACUGAGCACACCCCGCCGCUUCCUCCCGACGCACCGCCUCCCCUCCGGCUGAGGUGCAUCAUGGACCUGAGCCCCUUUACAGUUACUGAUCACACCCCUAUGGACAUCACUGUGGAUAUUUUCAGAAAACUGGGGUUACGCCAGUGUCUGGUCACACAUAAUGGGAGGCUGCUGGGAAUCAUCACCAAAAAGGACAUACUCAAACACAUGGCACAGAUGGCCAACAGGGACCCAGACUCCAUCCUCUUCAACUGAUCUUCUCCGUCCUUCCUCUUCAUCCUCGCCCACCAAAUCGUCCUCGCCCACCAAAUCGCCCCUCUGUAGAGCAGGGGGGGGGGGGGGACACCAGCUUGUAGACUUACAUGAAAUGCACCUUUACCUCUUUGGCAAGAGAGAGCCAAGGAAGCUUGAGCUUCAUUUGCACAGCUGACCAGAAAACAAUGGAAUUUAUUUUCUGUGUAACUUGAAGGCAAUUUCAGCUCUUCGAAUGACGACACACACCACUAACAAAAAAUUCCAAGGAAAAAACAAGCUCUCAGAAACAGUGACUCAUCCUUUUACUGACAGUGCUGGACCCGAUGUCAUGAGGGAAGUAGGACAGAAGUAAGUCGAUGGAAUAUCUCAUAUCUGUACCUUCCAACAUUUUCUGUUCUCAUUUCUUUCAUCAUUUUCAAACCAGUGAGGAAACCUGCACUUCAGAGAACCCCAAAAACCACUUCUCUCUCCUCUGUUUGCCAUCUCGAUUCUCACACCUGUGAGGAGCAGGGGGGAAAAGGGGGGGAGGCAGGAACAGCUAAUCCUCUGUUAUAGGUACUGACUAGAGAAGACUGGGUGGAGGAGGAGAAAAUAAAGACAUUGGGGAAGAUGAAGAGCUGUUUUGGGAGCUCCGUGCCUGCCCCCGGGCCAUCACAGCGAGCCCAGACAGAGCACUUUGAGCUGGGCUGAUGGAUGUUCAGACACCUCCCUCCCUCUGUGAGGUUUCCUAUAGCCGUGAGGGUGAAGGAUCCAGGAGUGUGAGAAUAGGAUCGACUACACACACACACACAAGCAAGCGUACACUCCACAAAGACGUUCACAACAGCCUGGGAACCCACUAGAAACAUCUUUUUUUUCUUUCUUUUUUCGUCUUAUGUUUGAGUUUUGUGAUACAGCUCCAGCCUGGGAACUAUGCAGCGCUGUCCUGCCAUGCAGACAGUUUUGUUAUGUUAACGACGUACAUAGUCUUCGUAAACCAUGUCAUUCCUUAUAGACGGUGAGGAGCAUUUCCAGGCUGCUGUGGAAGGGUUAAAAGAGAAAAUCAUGACGUGAAUUAAUUUAUGUAAAUGUAAAAUUGUUCAUUCUACUAAAUUAUUCCCCUGAUUAAAGUUGUGUUUUGUCUUAUUUGUUUUGGCUCCUCAUCACUUCGACUGAUGUCUUGUUUGCAUUUGAUACCCACCUGAUUUUUAUUUCAUUUAUUUAUAUAUUUUUUAAGCUCCGAUUCUAGCAAAUCUCUCACUGGAACGUCUGUUUUCGUUUUCGUCGGUGUUCAAAACACUGAUUUUAGUUCUCUGAAUUUAUAUUUUUUUUCCGUUUUUCCUAAAAAGCCAAACUGAAACUGAUCCAGUGGAAAAUGUCAGCUGCAGCUAAUCAAAUAAUCUUGAUCAAAAAUGAGAAACAGCUGCUGCUUUGGUCCUCUGAAAUAUAAGAUUUGUUUUUUGUUUUUUUCUGUCAGACAAUAGUGAGGUGAACAUCCUUGUUCUAUUCAAAGACAUCA